AUGAUUCAGGCUGAAGUACCAUCAACUUCACCCUCAACUGCGCCUGAAAAGGCUCCGUCACCAAUCGAUUUGUACGAGCUCUACGCGACUGUGACCGAGCUAGGUGGUUUCUCCGAACUCAGCGAAUCGCAAUGGAACUCUCUUUCGAUCCGGUUUAAUGACCGGCCAGUCAAGUCUAUCUAUUCCACCUACUUGUUAAAAUUUGAAGCCAGCCAGAUGGACUCGCUUGAAAUGAAUAAUACCGGCAAAAGAAUGCUCCACUCUGUCUGUGGUUCCUACAAGCGCUUUAAGCGGUCGGUGAAAGUCAAAUCCCAAAAAGGGUUUCUUCUAGAAUCUCCAGUUCUGGUGGAAAUUCUGCAGAAUUCACUUUCCCCAUGCUCGCAGUUGAACUUCCACAUCAAAAGCGUAUUGGACAACCUGAUAAAUAUCGACGACACUGCCCGUGGUGUCUCUGGUUCAACAUUGGAACUGGUGAUAGCAGAGGACGCCGAGUUCCAAAAUUUCGUUACUGGAGGUUCCCAAAUCUCCCUAGAGGCCCUUGAAUCCCAAUACUGGUCUACUAUACCUGACUUCAACCAACACUCACUCAACCCCAUACGAGUCCCUUUGCGGAAAAGCGGGUUGGGAUCCAAUAUAAACGAUUCCUUAUCCAACCUGACCCAGUUUGAAGCUGAUUCAAUGAGCCCUUGGAGCUUGUGCAAUGUUUCUGUAUUACCCAAUUCCUUAUUGAGCGCACUUCACGAAAACGACUUGAACUCCAGAAUAACAGACCCAACAGUGGUUGUGGGAAUGACGUUUUCCACAGAUCCCUGGCGCUGUGAAGAUCACUUUACCCUCCGAAUCAACCAUCAACUUACCGGGUUCAAGAAAUGGUACAUUGUGCCUGAGCUGGAUUUCGAGAAGUUUGAGAACUACUUGGAGUCUGUCAGAAAAGAGCAAGCAGUUCCCACUACAGACGAAUGUUUGAAGUAUUUCGAUGAUACGAAUGAGAAUAAACGUAUCAAGUUCGAAGCGUUGAAACAAUCCUUGUACAGCUCAGACGCUGACGAUAUCAGAUUGAAGCAUUCCAACCGAGUAUUCCAACAGUUAAUUGAGCACAAAACCUCCAAACCCCCAGUUUUGGAUCUGUUCAUUUCCCCUUCGAAAUUGACAGAGCUUGGUAUCACUUUCCACACAGUGCUCCAGAAACCAGGAGAUUAUAUCAUCACCUAUCCCAAAACUUAUGCCUUCAACGUAUCUUUAGGUCUCAGUAUAAGUGAGGAAACCAACUUUGCGUCCGCACUUUGGCUCGAUUAUGCCAUUGAAGGAGAAAAGUGGUUACUUCAGCAUCAGAUUUUGCCCAGUUUCUCAACCUUCAGAUUGCUUGUUAACUUGCUCCUGAGCUUCGACCUGAAUACCGUUUCUUCCUCCAAAUUAUGCUUAAAUUCUUCUGUGCACAGUGGUGUGUCUCUGUUGUAUAACAAGCUAUAUGAGGAAGAACUCGAGCUCAGAAACGAACUUCGGAACCAGAUUGCCAUAAGAGAGACUACAAUCGACGAAAAAUCGCUUAAUGAUACCACCUACAUAUCGGACGACACAUUGGCUAAUGUGUUUCCUUCCAAAGUUGUCCUUUUGGAUGUGCACACAAACCAAAGGUUGAAUAUAUCUAUAAAAAGCUUCUUGGAGUACUUGGAUAUCAACAAAGCAGAAGAGCACCUCGAUUCCAAGACUAUCCCCGACCUUAACGAUGGGUCAAUAAGGGCCGAAUUACACUUGUUUGUUUCCGAUGAAAAGUUAAGGCUGUUCAGCAGAAUCUUGUCCAACUAUUCUGAUGAUUAUAAUGGGUGGAUGUCGCAAUAUAAAGAGGUGAUGGAAGAAAACUUUUCCAUGCCUUUGAAGAACUACAAGGCUUUGCUUGUAGAUGGGGAAAAGAUACUCAUCAAUCUUAGUGUUGCUCAGCAUUACAAUAGGCUAAUCGGUGAAAAAGAAUCCAUCAUGGUUACUUCUUUCAAGCACCAGUUGGCGUCCUUGAAAGCUUUUAUAAACGAGGCCAAUAAGUUUGUUGAAGACUGCCAGGCCAUUAUAUCAAUCAAACAUCAGCAGAGAAUAAGAAAUGCUGGUGAUGAUGAACAGGUGUUGUCGGACGCCAAUGAAAUAAUUCCCCAGAUGAUUAAGUUAAUCUCCCAAAUCCCUUCGUUAAACUUUGACUGUGUGGAAGUUGACCAAAUUAUCGAGUUCAAGAAUGAAAUUGAAAACUUCGAAAGAAGCACUCGGUUGUUGAUAUCCAAAGAAAACCCCUCCCUCAGAGAGUUCAAUGAUUUGAUCAAUUUCGGCAAGUCUUUUGGGAUCAGAUUAAGCUCGCUUGAGUUCAUCAUGAGGAUAAGGGAUAGAAUGAAGUGGAUGGCGACUUUUGAUAUCAUUGUGUCUGGUGGUGAGCCUCUCAAAGACAAAAAGAGACUUUUUACCCUAAAGGACUUGGAACAAUUCUAUCAGCAAGGUUUAGAGCUUCUUGGCUCGAAAGAUGUUGACAAGAUUCUGAUCAUUGAAAAAACCAUCAAAAACAGCCAUUCUAUUACCAAGCGAAUGGAACACAGUUUAGCCCUCGAGGAGCUCAAUAUAUCCUCUAUCAAAGAUGUGGAUAACUUAAUCGAUGAGAUCGAUGAAAAGCUCAAAUUACCUAAUGAAAAUCGGAUUUUUAUUGAUAUCAACAGGUUCGAUGAACUCUUGGACUUCAAGGCAUCCUUGGAAACUUUACAACGGUUGUAUGAAUUCAACAAUCAUCUUCGAACUGGUGAAAAGGAGUACCUGUUUGAAGAAGCAAAAAAGCUUCAGCAAGAAUUAAAGGAGACCAAGCUUCCUAUCAGCCCCAAAGACUGGAAAUUGAUCGAUGAACCUAUCGAGGCCACAGAAAAAUUCCUUGAAACUUACACCAAGCUACUCAAGAACUUGAAUUUGGUGACAACCACCAGUAUUGACAUGCAAAAUGCUGAUACCAAAGGAGCUGUUUCGGUUGAGCUCAUCAAGUUGUUACAGAAGUUUAUGGGAAAAUGCCAUAUAAGCUUCUCUACCGAAGAUGACACUUACCCCAACUCCACUACGUUUUUGUUUCUUCAUGACAAUGAUGAUAUCAACAUGCACCAAAUCUACUGUGUUUGUCGGGAAUACGAAUUCGGAACAAUGAUCGAGUGUGAUAAGUGUAAAGAAUGGUACCAUGAUUCAUGUAUAAAAGACGUUAACGAUUCCAACACCAUCACCGUCGAGGAAGAGGAAAAGACGGAAGACACAAAGAAAUCUAAGAGUGGUGAGAAGGCUAAGAAGAAGAGAGAAUCCAAGAAACUCAAAAAAGAAGAGGUAAAGGUCGAAGAAAACGAGCUUGAUGAUGACGAAGUUUUCAUUUGUCCGGUGUGUGAAUUGGUAUCCUCAGGUAAGAACGAAGACAAUCAUAUGUCUCAGCAAAUGUCCCUGUUGGACUUGAUAAAGUUCACAGAAGAUAUGAAGAGACUUCAAAUCCACCCCACUCAAGAGUACCUCAAGUUGGUGGAGUUGAAUAACAUCGUACAAAAGGCAGGAAUCCUAUAUACCCAUCAGGUUACUAGGAUCAAACAGCUGGACCUCUCCAUUGACGAGACACUUGGCCAGUUAUACUUCAUAUUUCGGAAAGUUUAUGGAGCUGCUAUUCUUCUUGAGGACUUGUACUACGAGUUGCUAACCUCCAUCAGAAAGUACGAGUCAAUAAAAAGUUUAAAACAAAGGGUUGAAGAGUAUCAACGUUGGAACAAAACACAGGCCCAAUCUCCUCCGUCAGCCGUUCCUCAGUCACCACCCACUGGUGCAAAACGUUCCCCUGAUAGACCGGUGAAGUCAAAGGAAAGUCCACAGAACCACAUCAGCUACUCUCCAAUAGAUGCUCUAGUUGAAGCAGCUAAUGAUCUUGAUGAAACUGAGACCGUGGAUGUUUCUACAGACUUCAACGAGAGUGCUAGUGAUCUAGAAAAGUUGAGCAAACCCCUGGAAGCUGCUUGGUCGCGUGUUACGGAAGCUGUGGUGCCUGAAACCAACGUGACAGAUCUUGAUAGAGGCGAUAAGGAAAUUCCCGAAACUGAUAGAAGCCAAGUGGACGUUGUUCUUCCAGAUAGCGAGCAUGACCAAGAUUUUACAAUAGAGAACCAGGCUUCUUUGGUUGCAAAACAAGAGUUGACUGUCCCCAACCAGGUAAUUGCUUUGGAAAAUGAAACUAAAGAACACCCUCAAGACUUUGACACCAAUAUUGUUAUAAAUAAUGGUGUAUCACACCCAAAUUCGGCGGCCGAAGGUGAACCACAUUUAGAGCAGGAAGUUGUCAAGGAUUCACAAUUGUCCACGCCUUUAGAUGAUUCUGAACUUGAGCAAGUGCAGCUUUUGAUGGAUUUUACCCAACAACUUCACCCUGAAACUACUCGUGUAGGGCAGUCUCAAGACUACACACAAAUGACUGAAGUUUCACAAAAAAGAGAAGAAGUACCACAGCAUGUUGAAUUACCGCAAAUUUCGACAGAAGAGGUUGCCAAAGACCCACCUGUCUCGGUUAGGGAGGCAAUUGCUCUUGAAGAGCCAGCUCCAGUUGAAGAGCCAGCUUCAGUUGAACAACCAGCGCCAAUAGAAGAACCAGUUACUCUUGAAGAGCCUGCUCCAGUUGAAGAGCCUGCUCCAGUUGAAGAGCCUGCUCCAGUUGAAGAAUCGGCUCCAGUUGAAGAACUUGGGCUUUCAGGGUCUCUGACGAUUCUGUUUUAUCCUUACUCCAAAGUCGACUCUGAAAAGCCUCAUGUAGCAUUGCCUGCUGCUGUUCGCUCACCAUCAUAUUCAGUUCUUGGCUUGUUACCGAUUCAGGAAGCACUUCACACUUCACCAGAGACCCAACCGAGGACCUACACACCCGAUACUCCAAUUGAACCACCUUUGGAAGAAUCGGCUACUAAUACUGAGAGGACUGAAGAUAUUACAGCUACAGUACAACAAACUAGUUUACCAGAACCUGCAACCCUUGCUCUUCCACUUGAAUCUGGUCAAAAUGAUGCUGACUAUAUAAUGCCCGAUUCUGAUCCAGCUUCCAAACCAAGCUCUCAAGUUCCAAGUUUCUCAGUCUCAAACCAUGUUGAAGUAACUAAAGAAGUAGCUCUUCCCGGUAAGACUUCACCUCAAGAAAAUCAUGUUGCUGUUAUACCACCUGAAGUUCACGGACCUGAUAUUUUGCAACCAGAAACAAAUGAAGCCAAUGGUAACACCUACCAGUCUGAAGCUAACGGUUCACCGCUUGUGAAACUGAAAACCAACUUAACAUUUGAAAACAAUAAUCCCUACGAAAAUAAAGGGUAA